CCAGCGCCCAAAAUGAGUCACCGCAAGUACGAGGCUCCCCGUCACGGCUCCCUGGCUUAUCUGCCUCGGAAGCGCGCUGCCCGCCACCGCGGAAAGGUCAAGUCCUUCCCCAAGGAUGACGCCAAGAAGCCCGUCCACCUGACUGCCGCCAUGGGCUACAAGGCCGGUAUGACCACGAUCGUUCGUGACCUCGACCGACCCGGCGCGAAGGCAAACAAGAAGGAAGUUGUGGAGGCUGUUUCGAUCAUUGAUACCCCCCCUAUGAUCGUUGUUGGUCUUGUGGGCUACAUCGAGACUCCCCGUGGUCUGCGCUCCCUCACCACCGUGUGGGCUGAGCACUUGUCCGACGAGGUUAAGCGACGAUUCUACAAGAACUGGUACAAGAGCAAGAAGAAGGCUUUCACCAAGUACGCCAAGAAGCACUCCGACAACAGCGGCUCUUCCAUCACCCGCGAGCUCGAGCGCAUCAAGAAGUACUGCACUGUCGUCCGUGUCCUUGCCCACACCCAGAUCCGCAAGACUCCCCUCAAGCAGAAGAAGGCCCACCUUAUGGAGAUCCAGAUCAACGGUGGCUCUGUCGCCGAGAAGGUCGACUUCGGCAAGGACCUCUUCGAGAAGCCCGUUUCCGUCGACUCCAUCUUCGAGCAAGAUGAGGUUAUUGACGUUAUCGCUGUCACCAAGGGUCACGGCUUCAGCGGUGUUACCGCCCGCUGGGGAACCAAGAAGCUCCCCCGUAAGACUCACAAGGGUCUCCGAAAGGUUGCCUGUAUCGGUGCCUGGCAUCCUUCCCACGUCCAGUGGACUGUUGCCCGUGCUGGUCAGGAGGGUUACCACCACCGUACCUCUGUCAACCACAAGGUUUACAGAAUCGGCAAGGGUGACGCUGAGGACAGCGCCUCCACCGAGACCGAUGUCACCAAGAAGAAGAUCACUCCUCUCGGUGGCUUCGUCCGCUACGGUGAGGUUAACAACGACUUCGUCAUGGUCAAGGGCUCUAUCCCUGGUACCAAGAAGCGUGUUGUGACCCUCCGUAAGUCCAUGUGGACUCACACCUCAAGAAAGGCUCUGGAGAAGAUCAGCCUCAAGUGGAUCGAUACCUCCUCCGAGUUCGGUCACGGUGCUUUCCAGACCCCUGCGGAGAAGAAGCAGUUCCAGGGUACUCUCAAGAAGGAUCUCACCUCCGCAUAAAUGCGAGGCACUGAUUUUUUUCCUUUUUGAGUUUAUUCGUCGGGUCAUCAUUGCAUUGGUGUCGGAUUUGGUUUUGCCUUAGGCUUUUCUGGGGCUGGGUUUGGGCUCCAUAAUGGGAUGAGCACGAAAAGAAAAAGUUUUUCAGUUAGAAGUCUGAAAAAAUUUCAAAUGAGAUUUCCUAUUACAAUAAUGGAAAUCCCACGCAUAUAUGCAUGCCAAAGUAGCCGCGCCAAUACAAAAAUGUGUGACCAACUAAGAGUGUGUGUGCCUUGAAAUGUUUUCCAUAUGAUUUACAAGUCUACCCGACUGGAAUAAAUUUCAGCAAACAUUGACAGCAAGCCUGUCGUCCAAAGCCAACGCCUUGGCUGGAAUUUUUUUUUUAGAGCUAUAAUU